AUGUCAUUUCUCUUCAAAUAUUCUGCGGUUCUGCAGACCAUCAAGGAAAUGCAGGAUUUUGAGGCACAGAUUGACCUGGCUGAGAAGAAGCAGCAGAAACCCUCUUCUGAGCAGGCAGUGAAGAGAGAUUUUGAGGUGAUUAUUAUCUCAGAUGAGAAGAAGAAGAAGAAGAAGAAGAAUAAGAAGUGA